AUGAUCCAAGAUAAAUACAUUGGUUUAAUACUAGCCAUGAGCUCCAGUGUUUUUAUUGGGCUCUCAUUCAUCAUUACGAAAAAAGGCCUCAUAAAUGCCAAUAAAAGACACGGUACAUCAGCUGCAGACGGAAAACAUAACUACCUUACAAAUUGGACCUGGUGGGCAGGGAUGGGAACAAUGGCCGUAGGUGAAGUGCUCAACUUUUCAGCUUAUUCAUUUGCGCCAGCUAUCUUAGUGACACCACUGGGCGCCAUGUCUGUUAUUUUGGGAGCCAUCUUUGCAUCGAUAUUCUUGAAAGAGAAAUUGGGCUCAAUCGGCAAAAUUGGUUGUUUAUUAUCGGUUGUUGGUGCGUUAAUUAUUGUGCUACAUGCUCCAGAGGAUAAGGAAGUUACUUCCAUAGAUGAAUUAUUACUGUAUGCGUUAAGGCCAGGCUUUAUGAGCUACUGCGCUAUUGUAAUGGUUGUUAGUUUGUUCAUGAUUUACAAGGUGGCACCAAAGUAUGGCAAAAGAAACCCAUUCAUUUACAUCUCUAUCUGUUCAUUGGUUGGAUCAGUUUCUGUUAUGGCUAUCAAGGCUUUUGGUGUUGCUUUGAAACUAACAUUUGCUGGAAAUAAUCAAUUCACUCAUCCCUCAACAUACGCAUUUCUCAUCGUCGUUGUCGUAUGUAUCAUUACGCAAAUGAACUAUUUUAACAAGGCCCUGGAGCAAUUCUCUACCAAUGUCGUGAACCCCAUCUACUUUGUAUGCUUUACUACAGCAACAAUUGCGGCUUCAGCUAUCUUAUUUCAAGGCUUCAAUACAGAUAAUCCAGUCAAUGUGGUAUCACUGAUUUGCGGGUUCGUCAUUAUCUUUACAGGUGUCUAUUUGCUGGAUUCAAUUGCUCGAAGCGCUGGCGCUAAUGGCAACGAGAAUCUAUACAAGGACGAGGAGGAUGAGGGCCUAUUAAUGAGCGAACGUGCAUUCGACAAUGAUGAGGAGGAUUCACUUGGAUUGAAUAACAUGGAAGACUCAGAUGAUGACCAACAUGCCAACAGCAGAAGGGGACAUUAA